UACUGGGAAAAACUGUUUGAUUGCUUGGAAAAGAUAGCAGUUUGAGUUCUUGAGGUCAAAUUCAUCAUAUUUCAUUUCUUGUUGUUAAUGUCAUUGUGGUGUUGUAUCGUUGUACUGUUUAGGUGUAAAGUUCUGUGGAGUUUUGUAUUUCAGUGCACCUGAGGUAAACGUCCUCCUUUUGUAGAUAUUUUCACUGAGGGCUUUUGUACAAGCUUCUCUUUACAAACACCUCAAUAUCCCUUUGCACAUAAGCACAGAGGAAGGUGGAGUGCUGUCAGGCUAUAAAGCAUAGAGUCUCAGAUUUGGAUUUGCUUCCACUGAGACCCCAACAAAGCAGAGCAGAGGCAGCGUGAGACAUGAAAGGUGUUAUUGUGCUGUUCUGCAUGUGGCCACUGGUGCUCUCGCAGCAGGGACGCUCGUUCUCAUGGGACUCAUCAGGAGUAACUCCAGCUCCAGAUGUCAUCAAUCCAUGUCUGACUGACCAGGACUCAUGUAGCUGUUGUGUGAUGCUGAGAAAAAAAUGGGAAUUAGAAAGAUUUUUAAACACCAGUCUGAAUUCACUGGAGGAUUCGCUGGCGAAAGCACAGACCACUCUCAAAAACAUCAGAGAGAAUCGAGUGGCAUUUUCUGUGGGGCUAGCUGACAAGAGACGCUGUGUUGGUCCGGUGAAGACAGCCAUAAAUGUGACCUAUCAGAGCAUCUUUAUCAACAUUGGAGAAGCCUAUAAUUCCACCACUGGUGUGUUUACUGUGCCGAGAUCAGGUGUGUACAAUCUGGCAUUAACUGCAUUCAGUGAUGCUGGAUCACCGGGCGCACCUCUGGCCAUCUGUGUCAGUAUCAGGCAGAACGGUGUGGCGCUAGCUGCACUCAAAGAAAAAAACGAUCAAGAUCAAGAAGACCAGGCCACUGUUGUUAUAAUCGCUGACCUCCGCGUAGGAGACCGCAUUACCGUCAGUCUCCAGCCUGGCUGCUGGCUAUGUGGGGAUCAAAAUCAUUAUAAUACAUUUAGUGGAUUUCUGCUGUAUGCUACAGAGUAGAGCACACACACAGAUAUUUACAGAUGCUUUAUUAGGGAGGACUCUCAGGUUUUCCUACUGAGAUUAUUCCUUGUUAUUCCUUUCCCCUUAAUCUCACCCCCUCCUUUUAGACAUUAUUAGAUUGAAGGAAAAUUCUAAUAACGCUUUUCCAAAAAGGCUAUAUACGCAAUGCAAUCUACAUCUGAAUGUUUUCCACAUGUGCAAUGGCUAGACAAAUGUAAAUGCGUUUGUGUUUGGAAAUUUCCGAUCUAGUCUUGAACCUGUAGUCGGUUAUGCAUUGUGAUGUAAACCAAAGUAGUCAUCUAAUUUGGAUUCAUAUGUCAGCAUCAUGCAAACCCCACCCACUAUCAUAAUGAUCACACCUCUCUUUUAUAUAUAUAUAUAUAUAUAUAUAUAUAUAUAUAUAUAUAUAUAUAUAUUGCAUGAAGAAAUGAGAUCUCAUCACUUACUAAAAGAUAUAUAGGCUACAGGUGUGGAAAAAUGUGUUCUGGGUAAUUGUCUAUUAUAGUAUAACUGUAAUAGCAUGUUAAUGACAUGUGUAUCAAAGGCCUAUUGAUCAAUAAAAAUGUUCAUUCAUUUGUUACCAUUAGUAGAUGCUUUGUUUAUCACAUUGUUCAUGCUAAUUCAUUGUGCACUAAUAUUAACAGAUACAACUUUUGAUUUAAAUGAAUCAUGUGACCUGAUUUCAUGUUUUCUUUGUUUUUAGAGUGUUAAAUGAUGUCUGUGCAUAUAAAAGAUCUGUAAAGUUGCAAAAAUUUAAGUUUCAAAUUCAAAGAGAUCUUCUUUUAAAAAGUGAAACCUCAUCCACCCCUACCUAAAACGGCAGUUUAAACACGCUUAUGCAGUUAGACGUCUUACUGGUUUGAACAUUUGCAUAACACUGCCCUAAUGUAUAUGAAAAGAGAGAGGGUGUAACUUUCAAUCACACAAUAUAUUGUUGUUUCCACCCUGUCGAGUAUGCUGUGUGUUUUGUUGCGAAAGGAAAACUACUUUGUUUGGCCUUCCAAUAGAGUAAACAUUAAGAAGCCAGGGCGGGGUUAGGUUUUAAUUACAACACUGUUUCAGAACAAUACAGCCCAAAUGUUCGAUUGUGUGCUGCA